CUCUCUGUGCAAGGGAAGAGACUCCCUUAAGUCUCGCUUUCCUCUCGUGAAUAAGCGCCAGAACAACGCCGGGGAAUAAAGGCUCUGCUGGCAGAACUAGCGAGUCCCCAGAUCUCUCCUUGGCUGCCCAGCCCCUCGCCUCCCCCGGCGCUGCUCCCCUCCUGCCCAUCCCUACCUGCCUCCCCUCCUGCCCAUCCCUACCUGCCUCUCGCAGCCGGAGCGGCCGCUCCCCUGCGCGGUGCAGGCUCUGCUGCCGCUAUUUAAAUGCAGCUCCAGUCGCUGGCGAGCGCCGGGCUGGGGCUGGUGAGCGAGGGCUGUGUCGCUUUAAGGCACAUGUGAUACUCUCCCGAGCAGGGAUGUGUUGAAAUAGGCUCCGGCACCUCCAGCAUCCGAGAGCAGCGCUCGAACCGCCGCCUUCCUCGCCGCCCGUGCGGAGCCGGGGCUGCGCUGCCCGCACACGCGAGCUGCUCCUCGCCCUGAAGUGGCCUGGAAGCCGCAGAUCAUCUCAAGAUCGCUUCAAAGGGCUCGUCAAGCAGAAGGGGAUACUCGGGAAUGAUUUAAAGGUGAAAAUGAGAAGGUUUCCACCCCUCAAACCUUGGCCACUUUUCUGACGGCAGUCUGAGAGCUCAGAUGUCUUCUUUACUCUGGAAACAGGAUUUGUAACGAAAAAAAAAAUUUUUUUUUCCCUACUUCUAAUCCUGAUAAAGAAGAUUAUUGGGAAGCUAUAAAAGAAAUCCCUUAUUGUGAUACAGAUGGAUUUAAAAAAGUAUUAGAUCUUUCCGAUGAACACUACUAGAGCGCUCUGCUCUUGGUUGGAUUACUCAGAGAAUGGCAGUGGUCUCUGCAAUGUCCUGGGUCCUGUAUUUGUGGAUAAGUGCCUGUGCAAUGCUGCUCUGUCAGGGGUCCCUCCAUCACACUUUCCAGCAGCAUCACCUGCACAGACCAGAAGGAGGAACGUGUGAAGUUAUAGCAGCACACAGAUGCUGUAAUAAGAAUCGAAUUGAGGAAAGAUCACAAACAGUAAAAUGCUCCUGUCUACCUGGGAAAGUGGCUGGGACUACAAGAAACAGACCUUCCUGUGUUGAUGCUUCUAUAGUGAUUGGGAAAUGGUGGUGUGAGAUGGAGCCCUGCCUAGAAGGAGAGGAAUGUAAGACGUUGCCUGAUAAUUCUGGAUGGAUGUGUGCGACUGGCAAUAAAAUCAAGACCACCAGAAUCCACCCAAGGACUUAACAGAGCGCCCACGUCUGCAUGGAGACAGUGAAAGCCCUGCUGAUUUAUGAGGACAAAGUAUUGAAAGUUUAAAACCAUCUCAGCAUUUACAAGCCAAAUGGAUUUCUUAUUUGCACUUUGACUGUUUACCAGAAAACAACAGUGGCUUUACUGUGUGAAAGAAAGGAUUCGGUGGAAAUAAUGGCCCUGAUUUUUGACAGCUGAAAAUAAAAAAUGAAGAAAGUGAUUCCUUUGGUAAAGUUUCCGAGAUUGCAAAGUACAAACAACAGUAUAAGUUUGGAUCUACAAUUUACUUUAUACCAGUUAAAGUAUAUAUAUAUAGAAAUAUAUAUAUAUUAAUAUAUGAUAUUUUGAAAUAAAAGCCUCACUCUUCAAGAAAUUGAGUAGUACCACACUUUGCUGCAGCUGCUGUAAUAUUUUUUUUCCUUUUUUGCAAUGGUCUGGAAGUUCCCUACCUGUUUGAGAGAGAAAUGUGGCAGUGAAGAGGCAAAGCAAUCCUGCUGUGGUACAAGGACGCCUAAGAGCUACACGAAUCCUACCGAUGCAGCAUCCAGAGCUUCCUGUUCCCUUCAGCAGAAUUUUGAGGGCAUUUUUUGUUCCACUUUGUGUUCUGGAGGCUUUUCCCCUUGUGCAAUACUAGCAUGCUGGCUUUGCUUCAUUAACCAUACUUGAUUGAUAUAUAACAAUGAUAAUUCUAUCCUCCUCCAAGAAAAUAUUUUUAGAGCUGUUAGAUAUUCCAUGAAGAAGAGAUGGACAACUACUGAGUGAAGUACAGUAUGUAUUAAAAGUUUAUUUGGCAGAGUUUGGUAGACUGUGAGCUCCCUUCUUAUUAAAGAUGUACUGUACGUACAAUGUCUUCAGACUUUGUAUAGCUCGUAGAGACUCUAGUAAAAACCCAGUAACCACCUCCAAAGCUUUGCAUUGUUGGCUCACUAAUUCUUUGAAACAACAACAAAGCUAUUUCUUUCCAGACCAACACGUGAGGGGAAUUUUUUCAUACAGUUUGGUUUUUCAGGAACCCAUUUGAGGUUGAACAGGCACCUCAGCUUAAGCAUGCCUCUGUGGACACCUGGCUGUGUUCUCUUAUCCCACAGCACACAUGGGUCAACUACCUAAAUUUAAGUUUCCCUCAUUGCAAGCCAGGCUAACUCUUGUUGAGAGCAUUUGCCACCAGCUAAAAGCAUACAAAUAGGCAAUUCCACAGCACAGCAAAUGCACAACAGUUUGUGACAAGCACAAACUCGUGGCUGAUCCCUGCUUUUGCUUCAGAAUAGUUUCCUUCAGUUUAUUUUCAAUCUGUUUCUUGCCAUGGUGAAUUCAGCUGAGCUGAGAUGUUCCUCAACAAGGAUGUGUCCACAGAGACCUUGACCCAGCCACUGCGAGCAGUCUCAACUCCCAUUUAUGGCUGAGCUGUAGCUGUUCACCAGGCAGCCUGGGCCUGGCAUUGCUGAAGAAAGAUCAGAUCUGAGGGCUGAAAUGUGCAAGCCUAGUUCACAUUCCCAGGCACUUUUGUGAGCAGUCCAAUUAAUUUCAGGGGGUUUAUUGGUGUGGAAAAGUGUCUUGCUGUCACGUAUAAGUCUGCGCUAUCUACCCUUCAGUCCGCCUAAUGCUACCAAAUCAAAGAGGAAUAGGGAAUUGUAAAACUAUUUCUGUCCAGUCCAGCUUCAAUCCUUUAAUAUUUCCAAUUUCCUUUCAGCCUGCUUACCUGUCUCUCACAGGAUGCCUUUGGCCAUGAUGAUCACUUUUAAUCCAGUGCAGGGGAAGUGCUGCACUUCCCAGCCUGGAUUUGGUUGAAAUUCCCCACUAACUUUCUUUCUCCUUCAGGGUAACCACUUCAAUCCGGAUGCUUCAAGAGGCAGAAAUUGUCACUGUAAUUACACUGUAGAUUAAAGCAGCUACAUGACGUGUCACGCCAUAUUCCAUGCUGGCUUUCCACGCCGGUCUUUGCCCAGUGCUCACUGUGGAAAUGGAUAAGCUGUUUCCAAGUACUUCUACUGUCCCCCUUCAAAAAUAUGAGUGAAGAGUAUCCAGGGAAGAAACAGACUACCCAGAAAGUGGUAGAAUCACCAUCCCUGGAAGUGUUCAAGAAGAGGCCUCAGUGUGGCACUUUGGGACAUGGUUUAGUGGUGAAGAUGGCAGUGUGAGGUUAACAGUUGGAUUUGAUGAUUUUAGAGGUCAUUUCCAGCAUUAAGAAUUCCAUGGUUCUGUGUGCAGAAAGGAGUGUGAGCUUCGCCAUCAGUUGUAGAUCCUUGCACAUGGAGACCACCGUCGCUGGUGGCCCAGCUGGACAGGCCAGGUAUUUUCUGGGGACAGCCACCUGCCCAAACCACAGAAGAUACCUGGACCCUACUCUAUAUUUUAGAUGUAGUCUGCCCUGGCCAUGUGUCCCCAGUACCAUCACCUCAGUUCAGAGAAGAACACUGCCUGCCUGGUUACUUCCAAAUGGAUUAUCAGAUCAGCUCCAGGCUCACCUGCCACUAGUAAGGAGAAACUCCUCCAAAAUAAACCCUUAGCAUUUCUGAAUUUGGCUCAAACAGCACCUUAUAAACCCCAAGACCCUCUCAAGCACCCCUUGGUGCACUAGGAGAUAGACCAGCAGGUUAAUCCAUUCAAAGCCAGGAUGUGUUAUCAGCCCUUUACCAGCUGGAGCUGAGGCACACAAGGCUAAAUGGCCACCCAUAAUCAUACUGGGGAGGUGUGGAAAAUCCAGCAGAAAUCGAACUUUGGUUUCCUUAUUCCCAGUCUGCUGCUACUCUGUAAGAGGAGCCCCACAAACUAACGUGUGGCCUUGUACCCUUUGCCAAAGCCCAAGGUAUCACCACUGGGAGGUUUAUACCCCACAGCAGAGCAUCUGACAUGGCUCAUUCUGUGAGUAGAUAACGCUGCUUAUGCUGUGCCUAUGAAAUAUGCCUUGUGAGAUUGGGAAAUAUUAGACUUGCUAACAUAUCAGAAGGAAAUGUUGUCAUUACGACAGGAAAGUUUCUUUGAGAUGUUUACGAAUUUUUCUUUGCCAGUAGGCAGCCUCAAAUACCACCCCACCAAAUUCAGUAAACAUCUGCGUCUCUUUGAAGUUGCUGCAAAAAUCUGCUCGUGGAGCGCGGCACCGAGAAAUUGCUGUUUUAAUUAAAAUGUUUUAGAGGGGAAUUAAGGCUUUUGCAAAAAUAAUGACUAAUAGAACGUGAAGUCCAAUUAAGAGUUGGAUGCAACUAACCUUCAUUGUUUCAGGGAACCAAAUUGAAAACAAUAACAAAAAGAAAUUCAACAAGCCUAGAGUCACAAAUAUUCUGCAUUUCAGGGGUAUUUGCAGUAGCACAGUGUGUAGCAGGAAGAUGUCACAGCUACUUAUCCUGGCCGAUGGAAAGCAGAUGUGUUUCAGUGGUGAAGUGAAUGGUCCCCACAUCCUCAUGGGAAAGUGACAGUCAUGCCAUUCUCUGCAUAAUGUUAAAAGGUAUUUAUGUCAACAGGGGAGAAAAUUAAAGUUCCUGCUUUUUGGCAGAAGUCUAGAAAGAGACAUUUCAGGAAAUGAAAAAGAAAAAAAAAAGAAAAAGAGUAUUUGUAAAUGCAUCAAAGAUAAAUUUAGAUUUAUGUCAGUGUUUCGUCAGAUGUGUGAAAUAAAGUUAUGUAAAUCUAAAAUGUAUAAGUUGGAAAAAAAUACCAAAGAAAAGAAAGAAAAAGAAAAAAAAAGAAAAAAAGUAGCUACCAUCUGCCUAUUAAUUCCGAAACUCUAGAUUAUGUGCUUCUGUCCAAAAAUCUCUGGUAAUAAAAUGCCCAGUGUGGUAUGACUUGAUAUUGAAUCUUGAAUAUGCUAUAUGCUAUAUAAAAAAACCCAAACCUUGUAGAAGUCCACCCCUAUGGCCAACAUCAGGAACAGCACGAUGUGCACCCAGACUUGGCACUACACAGAGAAAGGACCAUGAAAAAUUGCUGAAGGUGAAGCAGUUUAUGAUGAGUGAUGCUCUUAUCAGAUCUAUUGACUGACUAUUAGCAGAGUUUGUAGGUACUGUCAGUAAUGUACUGCUUGUAUGUUUUCCUAUUAUAAAAUGAUUAGUUACAUUCCUAACUCUCCUCAUUUGCCACUUACCUGUUUCACUGUAUGGUCCAAAUGUAAUUACAGACCACAGAGAAGUUGUGGAGGAGAUAAGCAUACUUUGGCUUGGAAAGCACAUCCAUUUCAUCUGAAGGUGGCAGGCUUUGUUUCUUCUUCAAGGGCAGGAUGAAUAUUGUGGCCUAAAAUGAGCUUCUAUUUUAUCAAUACCUCAGUCACAUCUCAGUAAGCAGGGUUUAGAGCUUGCCUGACAAAGAAAUGGGUCAUGCUUCUUUGCUUGGUAUUCUAUUUUUUGUCAGAGAAAAAUAGAAACACAUUCCACAAAUAAUCUUUCAGGUAGACAGAAGGAGAUGUGUGUACAGGGCAGUUGGUUUCAGGCUGUCAACACUUUUUCUAGUUCACUGGUUUGAAUUCAGAUCAUAGGCCUGACACAUAUUUAUGGUUUCUUCUCUCAGAGGCUCACACAGUCAAAGCACUUAACUUCACAAAUAUUUGUACUUUAUAAAACCAUGCUGCUCUGAGGAAAGAAACUGAAUCCUCUGCUUUCCAGGCAGGAAACUGAAACUCAUAAGACCUGAGACCUGCCCAAGGUGCUGCUAAAAAUCUGAAGCAGACCCGUCAGUAGAACUGAAGGCUCCAGGAUUUUAGGGCAUUGCUGAGGAUGGUUCAUCUGCGAUUCACAUCAGUGAAAUUUCGCUGAGAGCAGACCCUGGCUUUGAGCUUGAGUCACAGAGAGCAGAACUGGGGGCCUGAAGUCAAAUGUGGACAACCAUCUGCAAGCACCAACUGACCAGAGCUUGUGCAUCUCCCUUCAGCUGGGUUUUUCAAACCACUGAUGCUGGGAAGAUCACAACCAGGUCUACUCCAACAUCUUUCACUCCCACGUGGACACAGUCCUUCCUUUGUUUGGUUUCAUGGCUCCACAGUAGAAGCUGCUCUGAGCCUUUCAGAUGAGAGCAGAGAUAGAAAAUGGCUGUGCUUAACCCUGAAAGGCUGAAAAAAAGGACCAAGGCUUCUUCUUUUGGAGGUCGUAAUUUUUUAGAGACAUCCAUUUGAGAGAAUGAUUUCCAUGUAAAAGCUGACUUCGAGCAGAGAAGGCACACAUUGCUUCCCACCAGAAAAAUGGUGAACUAGCCAACAAGGAGCACAAAUAACUUGGUCUCACCUGAAAGUGGGAGCACCUCUGCCACAGGAGAGGAUACUAUGCAGGGCAACUAAACAAUGGAGAAAAAAUUAUUUUUGACAAAUAUUCAUCUGUGGGCACAUUUGGCAGAUCUUUGCUGAACCUUUUACUGUUGUUUGACGUGUACCUCUAAUUCCUGCUUGCAGCUCAGAAAUGUGCAGAGGUCUUUCCCAUUUAACAGACCUGUUCAUCCAACACUCAUGGUUGCAUAAUUUUUGUUUUCCCACCAUGAAGCAAUAAGAUCAAAUUUGUAUGACCAGAAACAAAACACAUAUUUGAGCAUCAGGUUACUGACCUGUUUCCCAUUAUUUCUCAUCUGUUUUAUUUCUCAGAUUGCUGUCCUUGAUUCAGUUAGAAAUGAGGGCUAGAGGCCCACCUAGAUAUGAAGCAAACCACCCAUAACCUAAAAUACUGCUCAGGGGAAUAUGUGCUUUCUUCCUUCCACCUUCCAUUCCUCUUCAUUUCCUGUUUCAUUUCACUUUCAUUUCAUCUCAUCCCCUCUCUUUCACACCACUCAGCAUUCAUCCGUCUCUAUUAGCCUUUUAUCACCACUACUGCCCCACAGACUAAAGAAAAGACCCCUUUCAGGGAGCUGUUCCCCUCAAGAACAGUGAUUUAUGUGAUCUUCUCUCUUUUCCUUUUUCCUGUGUACUUUGGAAGGCGAGGUGCCAAUCUGUGCCAGCAGCUCCCUGUAUUUCACUGCCCACACCAGCAAUCCCCAGCUCAGGGCCAUGGGGUCCCUCUCAGGUGUGCCCUGGGUACAAAGCAGGUGCUUCUGGUAUUUGAUUUGCUGCAGAGGAGUUAAUUGUCAGCUCCUCACCUUCCCUGAACCUGUUCUGUUUGUUGCUUUUCCGAAGGUCUCCUCUGCCUUGACCAGAUCCGAGAACUCAGCACACCGGCUACUGGGGCUUGCCAUCCGUUUAAACCUCUGCAAGAGGAAAAUUUAGCACUAUUGAUUUGAUCUGGCUAUUUUUGGACUUGAAAUAAAAAGUGAAGAACAGGCCAAGCUGCUGUGAAAUAUGUAGUGUGGGAUCCAAGCACAGACGUAGAAUCACUUGGAUUGGAAAAGACUUCUAAGAUUAUCAAGACCAAUCAUUAACCAAGCACUGCCAAGUCUAGCACUGAACUGUGUCUCUGAGCACCACAUCUACAUGUUUUUUGAACAUUUCCAGGGAUAGUGAUUCCACCACUUCCCUGGGAAACCUGUUCCAAUGCUUUUUCGGAGCUUUUUCUUCCCUGGUGCUCUUUCAAUUACAUUUGCUCUCUGAAAGACUCUGCUAUCUAGACUAGUAGGGCCUUCAUGAUGUCCCAUGUAAAAUGGUCCAGAGUUUUUACAGAUCUGACCCCAAGUUCCUAAAGCCUUCCUGGUGUCUCACAGACACUGAUAUAAAUCAAAGAAAGAGUUAGAGAAUGUUACAGGCUAAAGACAAUGGUCUCUGUGUCCUUUCCUGCUUACAGAGAAUACUCCCUCAAAGUAUCACUGAAAUGAAACAGCCAUUAAAGCACUCUGCAACCCGAAGAGCCUCAGUACUGAAUUAAUGCUGGAGAUCAGCUAAAAAAAUCUUAAAAUAAGGAAUGCACUUGCUCUUGAAUUCAAGCCCUUAGGCAAAUCUUCCACCAGCUUUACUUCUCAAAUAGGAACUGAUAGGUCACAUUGAGACCCACUUAAGUCUUAGUAAUGAACGUAAGCAGGGAAGACCUGUCACAAAGACGUCACUGCCUUGCAGUGCUACCUCCAGGCACUCUACAGUUUUUCUUUAAUUCUGCCAAAGGCAAGUUUAUCAUUUAGCACUGGAUCCACAGUAAGCAGAUUUGUGUUCCACCAACUUUCCUUGCUCUUAGUCUAGUCUGGAUUUGACUGAUGUCUAUGUGUGGUAACAGCACUUAUGUCUUCACAACACAGCACGACAGUCCAAAUAAGGCUUUCCUACUGAUGAAGGCACUUCCACCUCAGUAUAAGUACCUGCUCUUUGAGCAGAGUUUGGUGGCAUAUAUGUUCAAAGCUGCUCAAGAGGAACAACCAGACUAUGAUGUUUUUCCUCAGCAGCUUAGCUAUUUUCCCCCCAUUCUAUUUGGCUACCAGACUCUCAGGGACACAUCACCUAAGUAGCAACAGCCAGUGCAACAAAGAAGUAUCACAGUGUGGAUGUGCACCUGCAAGAGGCAGCUUCCACGUUUGCUUCACUCAUUUGGCUUCAUUUUGUUCUGACCUUGACUCCCAAAAACAUACGGUCUCAAGAGAGAACACUGACUGGACGGAAAAGAAACGUGGAAAAUCACCAUAGCCAUUGUUGGUGCGUCCUAGCACUGCUUUCUCCUCAUCUGGAAUAGGAGACAGGGAAGACUCAUGAAAGGAAGGACAGGAAAUUCUGGCACCCAAAGCCAUAAGACUCUUACAAGCCUGAAGUGAUAUUUUCUGCUCAUCUGUGCUGAGAUGUGAUUAUUAUAAGAACAUCACAUUCUCAGUUAGCUUUCCUACUCUCUCAGCACCUGCUUUCUAAAUGUUAUUAUAGCCUAUCUCCCUUUCAGCUCAUCUCCAUUCCUUUGUCCAAGGCAGAAAAAAUUAUACUCUGCUUACACAAAAGCUUAUUCUUUUACUUGGCACACAAAACAAGGCAGGAGAUAAGAGCCUGUUGAUUUUAUCAUCUCAUCAUUUGCUUCGCUGUUGGAUUAUAAACAGUAUUCCAAUCUACUCCCAUAACUGAAACACCUUUUUUGUAUCAAUUUUUCUUUUUACUAUCUUCAUACCACUUUGAUUUUUUUACGGCUCUAGCUGUAACCUGUGUCUAUUUCUCUGAUUUGAACAGAAUUAAAUGCAGUUUUCAAAAUAAUGGGCCCAAUCCUACAAUUUUCCCCUACAGAUGUUAUAUUCAUCUAAUCUGCAACUUCCACCUUACAAGGCUCUUUCCAACAGUGUCUUGUUACAGUCAACACCAGCCCUGGGCAGCAAAAACUGAAACAGACAACUCUGAAAUGAUAAUCCAGGAAUUCAUAUAUUAGACAAAUUAAAGUGCAUGUUAGAUUGAUUCAUAUUUUUGCUAGUCUUUAUCCUUUAGGCACUGACCUCAAGGAGAGCAUGGCAAAAAUUUCACCAGUGCCCAGCAAGGCAAGGAGAACAAUUGGGACAGGAGAAAAACAGGAGAGAGUGACCCACACACAUUGUACCUGCUGCCUAGGAAGAGUCCCCAGGCUGAAGUUUCUGAAUUCACCCCAGAGGACUGGAUAGUUAGGGUCAAUACCUGCAGAUACCUCAGUUUCCCUCAUCACUGGAUUUGACCCACAGUAUUUGCUGGUUCAUAAUGUUGUUUUGCAGUACCAUUGCUGAGUUUGAAAGGUUUUUUUCCCCCAAUACUAAUUUUAUUUUGACUUUUGGAGCUGCUUGUUGCAUGUGAUCUAUGAGAUCCUGGAGUUAAUGACGUCCCUCAAAAGCUCUCAGAAGUGUCACAAUGGCUUUUCCCAACAGCAUCAUCUUGAUUGUGCAUCUAGAAGCAAACUACAAAAAAAUACUUACAAUGUAACAACAAUACAUCCCUUUUUUCCACCAUCAAAAAAAGCUGCAAAGGAAAAUAAGUGACAGGAUUUCUUACAGUCAGUGCUGCUGAAGAUCUGGUGGCAAAAUUAGGAAGAGCAGCACAAAGCUGCUAAAAUGGUUUAGCCCAAAACUAAAACUGGUUUUAACACAUAGUUGUCAUUGAUUUCUAGUCCUCAUGAUCUUCCUUUAAUAUCUUCUUCGAGACUACAGGUAACUCCACCUUUCAGCACCUCCUGUAGCUCUGCCAUUUGAAGCCUUGUCACCUGCAAGGGAGCCCCAAAAAGCAGCCUCACAGAAAUGAGUGUAGGCCUGGUCAUUGUGUUGCUGUCUCCAGUUUCCCUUUCACCUGCUGCUCUUCACACCCAACAGAAUUUUACCAGAAUAGCCAUGAGAGAGUUGUUCUUCCCAAAUUGCUGUCAGGUAUGAAAGUCAUCUUGUGCCUGAAUAAUUGAGGCAUUCAUCCCAACCAACAGCAAGGCAUUUCUGUAGUCCUCCUUAACCCCCAACUGAUCUAAUUAGUCCCUUGCAUUCAAAGGUGGUGAUUUGGGCAGAAGACUUGAAAAAUGGGAGUUCACAACUGGGAAAUUUCUUGAUCAAGAUUAUUAUAAUUUUUUCAAAUAAAACCCAAAGUUUGCAUAAUGAGGAUUUCUGGGAAGAUAGGGUCUAUUACACAGGAAAACCAGCUGUUCACCAUUAAUUGACUCCAUCCUUCUCAGACACUUUUUUACAGACACUUGGAAUCAGGAUUUCUGAGCACAUAUGAGCCUAGCAUUAAGUUAAAUGAAAAUCGAGGAACUGACCUGAAAGCAGAGAUUACCAACCUUAACUUUCAAUUUAUCAGGACCUUGCCAUGAUUUAAACACAGGCUGCUCUGCCGAAAUACAGAGAGUUUCUACUUGCAGCUCUUGAUUUUCUUCACUGCUCUACAAUGCAGAGGUUAAAUGGUACCUGUGGAAAAUACCCUGCACACUUCUGAGGUAACUUUCCCCAGCAGUUAGCACCGAAACACCCUCAGACACAGGGGAACCCAUCAAACAUGACCUAUAGAGAAUCACAGAAUCAUUAGGGUUGGAAAAGACCUCUAAAAUCAUCAAGUCCAACCAUUAACCUAACACUGCCAGAUCCAGCACUAGACCAUGCCCCUAAGGGUCACAUCCACACGUUUUUUGAGCACUUCCAGGGCUGGUGAUUCCGCCACUUCCCUGGCAGGCUGUUCCAAUGUUUGACCAGUGUCAAUGAUGCCAGCUACUCAGUUUUGAGUUUAUGCAGCAGAGAGGGAAACCAGACUCAUAGCAGGAGCAAAUUGGUAUUAAAACCCUGUCUGAACAGCAGAAGAUCCACAUCUCACUCAAGACUUACAUAUAAAGUGAGCCUAUACAAUGGCAGUGCUGAUCAUUUCCUUGGGUUUUAGAGAAAUGAACAACUUUAACUUUACAGACUUCAUGGUUGCUUGAUCUCACUACAGUAAACAGCUCCAUAUUUUUCCUUUUCAUGUUUUAUCCUGAAGCAACAGAGCAUUACAUUAAUUGACUUGUCUUAUUAAUUCAAUAAGCUGCUUCCAAGAUGAAAUGCUUAGCUAUGCUUGCUUGUUUUUGGCACUUUUUGGUUGUUGGAAGAAAAGCUUUAAGGCUAGAAUUGCUCUGAUGUUUUCCACAGUUCACUGAAUAAUUUUAUGCACUACUGAAGAUUUGCCACAUUUGGAAUUACUGCAAACUGCUACUUUUUCAUCAUAGUAUAAUUUAAUUCACACUUUUAGUAUGAUAAGAAAACAUUUAACAGUUUGCAUAUUUGAGAAGAAUAUUUGUUCUGCCAUAAAGUUAUGGUUAAGAAUUCAUUAUGGGUCACUCAUUUCUAGGACUUGUAAUUUGGACUUAAGAUACAUUUAGAAGAUUAAAGAUGACAUAGAAGCCACCCCAUUCAAAUGAAUUAUAUGCAAGAAAUCCGGGGAGAAAAAAAUUGACCUUGCUGUAAAUAUAGGGCAAAAAUAAUUUAUUGCAAGCUUGAGUGAGAUUGAGAAAUUUUUACUAUUUUACCAAGAUAUUGAAGAGGAGGUGAAACUAUUUUAAGCUUUAAAAAACAAAACCCUGACAUUCCUUAAGGGGAAAAUAUUCAUGUAACUAUGUGGAUUCUUAGAUUUCAACUUCUUUAGGAAACACGAACUCUUGGUUUGCCUUUCAGCUGGUGAAAAUGCUGAUUUUUUUUUAAUUAUUUUUCUGUCUGUGCUGCUGAAAAUGAAAUUUCUUUUUUCACUGAGUUUUUUCUUUUUCAAGAAGUCUGGCCAGGGGCUGGCAAUGCAUUUACCUUUCUAUCCAUCAUCCAAGGUCACGCCUCCUCAGGGAUGGCGCAUACCUGGGAGUGACACAAGGGUCAUUCCACUUGUUCGAAUCACCCUCAGCAGCCAUUGCUGGUGUCCCUUAACCUCUUUGUGUCCCUUGGAGGGUCCUGUCACACCAUGGACUGUUGUCCUAGACAUAAAUAUCUCUCUCCAGUUUAUUUCUUGGACUUGGAGUGGAACCUCACAGUGAAGCCUCUAAGGUGAGGUCUCUGCAGGUUAACUGUGAAUAUUCUCCCUCUGCUUUCUUGCUGCCAGAGCCUGUGGGACCUCCACCAUCUCAGCUGAGGAAAGUGGCUGAGAAAGCCCCUUAGAGAGCUCCUGGAGAAAGUCCAACAUUUAACUGCUUCAGGGAUGUGGCCUGGCCUUGGCAGGGCUGCUGCAGGGAGCAAGGGCUGGACACAAAUAGAGUGAAAAUCAGAAUGCUACAAAAGGGAGUCAGUCUCGGGAAAAACAGUUCAGAUGUUCUUGCUCCUGGGGGUAGGAAGAAGGCAUGGCUGAAAAAAAUGUCCUUUAUACUCCUUCUCACCCCAGAGCCAAGAACAAUCCCUGCUGCAGCAAACCCAAUCUGGUAAUCACAAGGUUUUGAGUUAAAGACUUUGCUUGCAGCGAGGUCCUGUUUUUAAAUGAAGGUUAUUGACCAAGUUUCUGGCCUUAAGGAAAGAAAUCAAAACAUAAUUUAUGCUCAGAGUGACCUGUAGGUGUUUGCACAACAAUUAAUACCCAGUUAUGGUAAUACAGCUGGACACAAGUCAAUUGAUCUUUUCCUUGAAACUUUUUACGCUUACGGCCACUACCUCUAACUCUUCAUUAUGUGUCCCCAUACUCAUUGCAUUUCAAAAUUAUCACACUAAGCAAAGCUCAAUGCACUGUUCAAAUGAGUAAGGAACAUCUGGUGAGGUGAGACUACUGGGACUCCAUGGACAGAUAAAGCUGUAGCACUUUUCCUCUGUAUAUGGAAAUGCAUUGUAAAUUAAAUCUGCAAAUCGUCUGAAAAGGCACAGGUUGGAAAGGAGGUGGAGAAGCACCAUCAUUUGUGCCAAGGUCAAAUUCCAUGCAGCUUAGCUUGAGCCAGUGUAUUUUCAUGCAUUCAGUCACAAAGCUUUGUACUGUUCGCUCAUUAUUUUGUACCUUGACAGUUUUCUAAAGGUGCUUGGGUCAUCGUACUUUGGCCAUCACAAAAUAAGUGCCAAAUAUACUAUAAAAGUGAAAAAUCUUGUGACUAUGAAAA